CUGCCUUGGCCAGGCCACUAUUGACAAAGCUGCCAGCUGUGGUGGAGCCUGGUCGCCAGGCCCUUGCCCCCUCCUCUGUCUCCUUUCUCCCCCAGGGCCAGCAUGAAUGGGCUGAGCCUCCACUGUCUCCCUCCCACUCAGAACAAUACCCCCCCACAGCCAUUUUGUGCCCGUCGCCACUGCCCUGAGGCAGCUGAUGCGAGGAGAUCCCAUUUCUGCCCUCCGUAGUGGUGGUUCCUGUGAUGGCUCCCUGGCCUCUCUUCAGCCUCCACCUUCUGCUGCUGUUCUUGAUGCUGCCCUUGACCAGAACUCAUCGCUUCUCUGUACCCAACACCAGCUUCAACCACCUGGUACUGGCACCAGACCAGGGUACACUCUACGUGGGUGCAGUUAAUCACCUCUUCCAGCUCAGCCCUGAGUUGAAGAUGGAAGCUGUGGCGGUUACUGGGCCUGUCAUCGACAGUCCUGACUGUGUGCCUUUCCAUGACUUGGCUGAGUGCCCACAAGCCCAACUCACUGAUAAUGCCAACCAGCUCUUGCUGGUGAGCAGUAGGGCUCAGGAGCUGGUGGCUUGUGGGCAAGUGAGGCAGGGUGUGUGUGAGAAGCGGAGCCUUGGGGAUGUGGCUCAGGUGCUGUACCAGGCCGAGGACCCUGGCGAUGGACAGUUUGUGGCUGCUAAUACCCCAGGAGUAACCACAGUGGGCCUAGUGGUACCCUUGCCAGGCCGAGACCUCCUGUUAGUGGCCAGAGGCCUGGCAGGCAAGCUGUCAGCAGGGGUACCGCCCCUAACUGUGCGCCAGCUGACUGGACCACAGCCUUUCUCCAGUGAAGGUUUGGGACGACUUGUGGUGGGAGACUUCUCAGACUAUAACAAUAGUUAUGUGGGGGCUUUUGCUGAUGCUCACUCUGCCUACUUUGUCUUCCGUCGCCGUGGAGCCCAGGCCCAGGCUGAGUAUCGCUCCUACGUAGCUCGUGUCUGCCUUGGAGAUGUCAACCUUUACUCCUAUGUGGAAGUGCCCCUUGCCUGCCAUGGCCAGGGCCUUAUUCAAGCUGCCUUCCUUGCUCCGGAUACAUUGUUAGGCGCAUUUGCAGCAGGCACAAGUCAGGCCCAGGCAGCCCUAUGUGCCUUUCCCUUAGAAGACCUGGACAAGAGUAUGGAACAAGCCAGACGACUUUGCUAUACUACUGGUGGUCAGGGUUCCAGUGGCAUGGAAGAAGCCACUGUGGAGUAUGGUGUCACAUCCCGUUGCGUCACCCUGCCUCCUGACUCUCCUGAGUCAUAUCCCUGUGGUGAUGAACACACCCCCAGCCCCAUCGCAGGCCGCCAACCUCUGGAGGCCCAGCCUCUGCUGCAGCUGGGACAGUCCAUCAGUGCAGUGGCUGCUCUCCAGGCAGAUGGGCACACGAUAGCCUUCCUGGGAGACACCCUGGGCCAGCUACACAAGGUCUUCCUAAACAGCUCCCAAGGCCAGAUAUACCAUUCCCAGCAAGUGGGGCCGCCAGGCUCAGCCAUCAUCCCAGACCUGCUGAUAGACAGUAGUGGGGACCAUGUCUAUGUUCUCACUGCCCAGCAGGUAGACCGGAUUCUCGUGGCAGCCUGUCCUCAGUUCCCCAACUGCACCACCUGCCUCCAGGCAAGGGACCCACUGUGUGGCUGGUGCAUCCUUCAGGGCAGGUGUACUCGGAGGGGCGAGUGUGAACGGGCAGCCCAGCCAAACCAGUGGCUGUGGAGCUAUGAAGACAACUACUGCCUUCACAUCCAGAGCCUGCUACCAGCCCAGCAUCCCCGCCAGGAACAGGGCCAGAUCACGCUGUCUGUUCCCUGGCUGCCCACCCUGGCCAUGGAUGAAUACUUUCAUUGUGCUUUUGGGGACUAUGACACUUUGGCUCAGGUGGAAGGACCCCAUGUGGUCUGUGUCACCCCUCCUGGAGAUCAGGUACCACCUAACCCUCCAGGCUCAGAUCAUGUCACCUUGCCCCUGGCCCUGAUGUUUGAGGAUGUGGUCAUGGCUGCCACUACAUUCUCCUUCUAUGACUGCAGUGCUGUCCAGGCCUUGGAAGUGGCUGCCCCGUGUCGCACUUGUGUGGGCAGCCUGUGGCGGUGCCACUGGUGUCCUCAGAGUAGCCAUUGCGUGUAUGGAGAGCACUGCCCAGAGGGUGAGAAGACUGUCUACAGUGCCCAGGAGGUGGACAUCCAGGUUCGUGGCCCAGGGGCUUGUCCCCAGGUUGAGGGCCUAGCAAGUCCCCAAUUGGUGCCUGUGGGUUGGGAAAGUCGUUUGACCCUGCACAUUCAGAACCUUCACUAUUUCCAAGGUCUGCCUGCUUUAUACUACUGCUGGCUAGAGCUGCCUGGAAAACUGCAGAAGCUACCUGCUUCCCUAGAGGAAACAUCCAGGGACUCUGGUCUCAUUCACUGUCAGGCCCAGCAGUUCCGCCCCUCUAUGUCCCAGCGGGAGCUCCCAGUGCCCAUCUAUGUAACCAGAGGUGACAUCCAGCGGCUGGACAAUGCCCAUGAUCUUCACGUGACUCUAUAUGACUGUGCCAUGGGUCAUCCUGACUGCAGCCAUUGCCAGGCAGCCAAUGGAAACCUGAGCUGUCUGUGGUGUGGCGAUGGACAGCCUUCUUGCCGCUAUGGGCCAUUGUGCCCAUCAGAUGCUGUGGAACAGCUAUGCCCUACACCCACCAUUGAUAUGAUUGAACCCCUGACUGGUCCCCCAGAAGGUGGCUUGGCUGUCACCAUCCUGGGUUCCAACCUGGGCCAGGCCUUUAAUGAUGUGCAAAAUGCUGUGACUGUGGCGGGUCGGCCCUGCAACCCUGACCCUUCUCUCUACCGCAUCUCUGCUCGGAUUGUGUGUUUGACAUCUCCUGCUCCCAAUGGCACUGCUGGGCCUGUCCAAGUGGCCAUUAAGAGUCGUCCUCCCAGCAUUUCAAUUCAGCACUUCAUCUACCAGGACCCUGUCUUACUGAGCCUGAGUCCUCAGUGGGGCCCCCAGUCAGGGGGCACCCAGCUCACCAUCCAUGGGCAACACCUCCAGACGGGAGGCAACGUCACUGCCUUUGUGGGUGACCAACCUUGCCUCAUCCAGGAGCCUGUGUGUCCUGAAGCCAUCAUAUGCCACACCAUGCCCCAAGCAGAGCCAGGAGAAGCUGUGGUCUUUUUACUCUUUGGCCAUGUUGAGCGCAAACUGCUCACCACCCCAUUUCGAUAUACUGCCAAUCCCCAGCUGGUGGCAGCAGAGCCUAGUGUCAGCUUCCGGGGGGGUGGACGACUGAUUCGAGUCAGGGGUAUAGGCCUAGAUGUCGUGUGGCAGCCCUUGCUGUCUGUGUGGCUGGAGGAUGAGGAUCAGGUAAAGGCUUUGGGAGUCCAAGGCCAGGUUGUGAACCCAAGGAGGAGCUGCAGUGCCCCUGCUGCAGAUCCCCAGGCUUGUAUCCAGCUUGAGAGUGGCUUGCUACAGGUGAGUCCCCUACCACCACUAGCAGAGAAUAGGGUCAUUCCCAGAGAAUGCUUAGUGAGGGGUCAGGGAGGGUCACCAAGACCACUCACUGAUCUGCAUCCCUGCCCCCUCCAGUGCUCCACCUUGUGCUCUGUCAACUCAUCUAGCCUUCUCCUGUGCCACAGUCCAGCGGUGCCGGAUGGGGCCCUCCCAAAGCGGGUUUUCUUUGCCCUAGACAACAUGCAAGUAGACUUUGCCAGCGCUAGUGGGGGCCAGGGAUUUCUGUAUCAGCCUAAUCCUCGCCUGGUUCCACUGAGUCAUGAAGGACUUGCUCACCCCUACCGCCUCAAGCCAGGGCACGUCCUGGAUGUGGAGGGCGAGGGCCUCAACCUGGGGAUCAGUAAGGAGGAGGUGCGGGUGCACAUUGGGGAUGGAGAGUGCCUGGUGAAGACGCUGACGCUUACUCACUUGUAUUGCGAGCCACCCCUACAAGCCCCUCAGCCAGCCAAUGGUUCAGGCACCCUGCUGCAGUUCGUGGUGCAGAUGGGCAAUGUGCGCCUGGCUCUGGGACCUGUUCAGUACGAAGCAGAGGCCAUGAUGUCCACCUUUCCAGUGGAGGCCCAAGUGGGCCUGGGCCUGGGUGCUACUGUGCUGAUUGCUGCGGUGCUCCUCCUUACCCUCAUGUACAGGCACAAGAGCAAGCAGGCACUGAGAGACUAUCAGAAGGUGCUGGUGCAACUGGAGAACCUGGAGACUGGUGUGGGUGACCAGUGUCGUAAGGAGUUCACAGACCUGAUGACUGAGAUGACAGACCUCUCCAGUGACCUAGAGGCCAGUGGUAUACCCUUCCUGGAUUACCGAACAUACGCUGAGCGUGCCUUCUUCCCUGGCCAUGGUGGCUGCCCACUGAAGCCAGGGCUUGAAGGGCCUGGGGAAGAGGGUCACCGUGCCACUGUGUGCCAGGGCCUCACACAACUCUCCAAUUUGCUCAACAGCAAGCUCUUCCUUCUCACACUCAUUCACACUCUCGAAGAGCAGCCAAGCUUCUCUCAGAGGGACCGUUGCCAUGUGGCUUCACUGCUUUCCCUGGCUCUGCACAGCAAGCUUGAGUACUUGACUGACAUCAUGAGAACUCUGCUUGGUGACCUAGCAGCCCAUUAUGUACACAAGAACCCCAAACUCAUGUUACGAAGGACAGAGACCAUGGUAGAGAAGCUGCUUACCAACUGGCUGUCCAUUUGUCUCUAUGCCUUCUUAAAGGAAGUAGCUGGUGAGCCACUGUACAUGCUCUUCCGGGCCAUCAAGUACCAGGUGGACAAGGGCCCUGUGGAUGCUGUGACAGGCAAAGCAAAACGAACUCUGAAUGAUAGCCACCUGCUGCGAGAAGAUGUGGAGUUCCGGCCCUUGACCUUGAUGACACUAGUGGGACCUGGGACUUGUGGGGCAACAGAGAGCACUGAGGUGCAGCGAAUGCCAGUCCGGGUGCUUGACACAGACACCAUCACCCAAGUCAAGGAGAAGGUGUUAGAUCAAGUCUACAAGGGAACUCCCUUCUCCCAGAGGCCUUCAGUGCACUCCCUAGACCUUGAGUGGCGCUCAGGCCUAGCUGGUCACCUAACCCUGUCAGAUGAGGACUUGACCUCCGUGACUCAAAACCACUGGAAGAGACUCAACACCCUGCAACACUACAAGGUCCCAGAUGGAGCUACAGUGGUGCUCAUUCCUCAACUGCACAAUGGUGGCACUGUCUCCCAGAGACUGGGCCAGACUGGCUGCCCCUCUGGAGAGAACACCCCCAUGCUGGAAGAUGGUGAGGAGGGUGGAUUUCGGUUUUGGCACCUGGUGAAGGCCACUGAGGAGCCAGAAGGGGCCAAAGUUCGUCGCAGUAGCCUCCGGGAGCGAGAACGAGAGCGGGCACGAGCCAAGGCUAUUCCUGAAAUUUAUCUUACCCGUUUACUUUCAAUGAAGGGAACCUUGCAGAAGUUUGUGGAUGACACCUUCCAGGCCAUUCUUAGUGUGAAUCGGCCUGUGCCUAUUGCUGUUAAGUACCUAUUUGACUUCCUGGAUGAGCUAGCAGAGAAACAUGGCAUAGAGGAUCCAGAGACCCUGCACAUUUGGAAGACAAACAGCCUACUUCUGCGAUUCUGGGUGAAUGCCUUGAAGAACCCACAGCUCAUUUUUGAUGUGCGGGUAUCAGACAACGAGGAUGCCAUCUUGGCUGUCAUUGCACAAACCUUCAUCGACUCCUGUGUGAUCUCGGAGCAUAAAGUGGGCCGGGAUUCCCCCGUGAACAAACUGCUCUACGCCCGGGAGAUCCCUUGCUACAAGCAGAUGGUGGAGAAGUAUUAUUCGGACAUUCACCAGAGCUUUCCAGCGAGCUAUCAGGAGAUGAACUCGACUCUGGCUGAACUCUCUGGGAACUACACCUCUGCUCCCCACUGUCUGGAGGCUCUUCAAGACCUUUACAAACACAUCCACAGGUAUUAUGACCAGAUUAUCAGUGCCCUGGAGGAGGACCCCGUGGCCCAGAAGAUGCAGCUGGCUUGCCGCCUGCAGCAGAUCGCUGCCCUGGUGGAGAACAAAGUGACUGAUUUGUGAAUGAGAGCCAGAGUGGUCACCUGAGACCUGCCAGAUUGUAGAACAGUGAGCAGGACCCAAAGUGCUGUAUGACCCUGACCAAGCAGUGACUGAGGAGGGGUCAGCAAGACCGUCUACCGACACCCACCUGGCUUGUUUUUAAUUUAUAAUGAUCCCUACCCUCUUUAUCACUGUAUUUAUUUGCUUGCUGGAAAAUCACAUCUGGAAAUAAAGUAGAAACACAUCUUUUAAAAAAAAACA